AUGGCGCCCAAGCAACACAGAGAGAGCACAAAGGAGCCAAACACAAGCCUCACUAACCAAGCUGACUACACAGCACGGCUAGACAAAAUUUUUGCAGCAUUCUGGCGCAGGCUGGCACGGCGCCUACGCAUUCACGCUGAGAUCAGUCGUGAAACUCACCCCUCACUGCGACCACGAGGAGGGCACAAAAUGGCCGACGCACAGCGGGCACAGCAAAGCAAACACUACUGUUCGCUCCAUAAAGCCCGACAGCGAUUAAAAACCUAG